AUGCAGUCCAUCUUCCGCCUUCCGUGGAGUACGGAGCCGACCGUUGAUCGCACCGCCGUCGACGCUCUCGCCUACCAGAAGCCGCGACAGAAACCGAUCGUCGAGAUUCCCUUUAUAAGCAAGGGCAAGCGCAAGGCAUCCGAGCUCGGCAGCAGCCCCGGCGCGACUUCCUGGUGCGACAGUCCUGUGUUGAAGAAAUGCAAACCUUCUCGACCGUCGCCUCAUGCGCAUGUGAAUCGCGCGGCCAAGAUGGCGAAUCUUCCCCUUCAGCAAGCUGUCGCAGGCGCCGAAUCGACUGACUCGGGCUCGUCGCGCUCGAAUGCGCUCGAAUCCACACCGUCCACCCCGAUCGACGAAACCAAAGCGACCCAAGAUGGUCCAGCCGAUUCGGAGCCGUACGGCAUCAACGUGGACAAGAUGACAAAGGCACAGCGGGUUAUUGAAGCGCAGUUCGACUUGGAGAUCAUGAUGAAACAUGAGGAGCUCCGUCGCAUCGACCAGGAGAUGGCCAAAUGUCAGGCGGCGCUUGAACAGCUCCGCCGCUGUCGCAUCAUCCCAUAUCCAGGCCUUCAAGGAUUUUCCGAGAGUGUGACGGAUGGCAAAGGUCCCUCGUUGCGACCGCCGCCCGGUCAUACUCGGCCAUCUUUCCCUGCACCAUGGGGUGUUGCGGAUGGUCCGUAUUCUCGACAUUACGCUGCGUGGCUCCUCAAGGACCCGUCUUUCGAUUCACAUCCUGUGCAGUACAUCCCGAAACCCCUGUCAGCUCGGGAUUCCGAAACUCGAAGAUCGACGGUGGAUGGACGAACCACGCGUGGGAGUGGGGGAGAGAUGGCCUUCUCUGGAUUUUCUCGACCCUCACGGCAAUCGACCGGAUCCAAGUCAGCGUUUGGCCCUGGAGAUCAGACUCCCACCGGACCGCCAAGGGAUCCGUUGGUCUUCCGACGACAGGCGGAUGGGAAGCUCGUGCGACUGGCCUGCAACAAGUGUCUCAAGGAUCAGUUCGCGAAUGUGCAAGGGUUCAUUAAUCACUAUCGAAUCCAGCAUCACUAUGGGUUCCGAAGUCAUGAAGCCGCUGCAAUCGCCUGCGGGAAGGAAAUCGACGAGUCUGAGGCGGUUGCCGCUGGUGCGCCUACGCCGUCUCCCCUGAUGGCAACUCCAAAAGAGACUGCAGCGAAACCGAUAACCCACCUUGACAAGCCGUUGGUCCACCCGCUGAUCAAGAACGUACCGAACCGUCCACCCAUGCCUACGCUCAUGCAAGAAGUCCUCGACGGACUCCGCGCCGAUCCCAAGAAAUUCGCAAAGCAAACCCGAAAGGUUUCAGAGUCAUCCUCGUUAUCCAGCUUCCGGCCUUCUCACCAGACGCCCCAUCUCAACUCGCUUCUCAAGAACCGUGGCUUUUCUGGCGAUUUGAGCAAAUUCGUCGCGGACGCGACCAUCCGAUACGAGGACUCGGUAUCUUACGAACCUAGUGAAGAUGAAGCCGAAGCGGGCCAGGAGGUUGUCUCGAUCCCCAACAAGGUCAAACGGGUGCCACCGAAGUUGAACGCCAGUAAAGGAGGCGUUUCAUAUCAUGGAGGAAAGGAACAAAAUUCGAAUCGUGUUCGUCCACGCUUGGCGAGUCCAGGCACGUAUUCCGAUCGUGCAGCAGGCGACGAUCCUGACUCGCCGCGCCAAGAUGAAGUUGAUCUGAGUCCAAAUACGGUUGAAUCCAAUCCCGGGCUCGUCAGCGACUAUGAAGAUGAUGACGACGAGGAUUACAAUGCCUCUUCUCAUGGGCAUACCGACGAGGAAGAGACCGACAUGAUGGACGUCGACAUCGAGGAUCACAGUGAUAUCGACCGUGGAAACGGCCUGAACCGAAUUGGUCGUCAUCGUGGGACCGGCUCGAGGAAAGGGGAUAGAUGA